CUGAAGACUUCCGCCCCGCAGAGGACUUGCCUCCACCGCCACCUGCAAGUCCGCCCAGCUGUACUUCUGCGCAGGCUCCAGGAGUUGUUUGCUGUCUCUAUGGCAACCCAGUAGCUGGAGUCUGAAGAUGGGGACCAACGAGUCUACGGAGGGAUCGCGGUCGCGGUCGCGAUCUUUAGACAUACAGCCCAGCUCCGAAGGACUGGGGCCCACUUCGGAACGGUUUCCUUCUUCAGAUGACAGUCCUAGGUCGGCCCUGGCAGCUGCAACCGCAGCAGCUGCAGCGGCUGCAUCAGCUGCUGCAGCUACUGCAGCCUUCACCACUGCCAAAGCAGCUGCAUUAUCUACAAAGACCCCAGCGCCCUGUUCUGAGUUCAUGGAGCCGUCCUCUGACCCCAGCCUUCUUGGGGAGCCCUGUGCAGGAACCGGCUUUACCCACAAUAUAGCCCAUGGGAGUCUUGGCUUUCAGCCCGUCUAUGUUUCCUGUAUUGCUCAGGACCCUUGCACUACAACUGACCAUAGUUCUAACCCUGGCCCUGUUCCAGGCUCUAGCUCUGGGCCUGUUCUUGGCUCCAGCUCAGGUGCUGGCCAUGGCUGUGGCUCUGGCUCUGGUCCUGGCUGUGGCUCUGUCCCUGGCUCUGGCUCUGGUCCUGGCUGUGGCUCUGUCCCUGGCUCUGGCUCUGGUCCUGGUCCUGGCUCUGGUCCUGGUCAUGGCUCUGGCUCUCAUCCUGGUCCUGCCUCUGGGCCUGGUCCAGACACUGGCCCUGACUCUGAGCUCAGCCCCUGUAUUCCUCCAGGGUUCAGAAACCUGGUGGCAGAUCGGGUCCCUAACUAUACCUCCUGCAGUCAGCACUGCCCCUGGGAGCCCCAGAAACAACCACCUUGGGAAUUUUUGCAAGUCUUAGAAACGGGUGCCCGAGGACUAUGGAAACCCCCAGACAUUAAAGGGAAACCUAUGGUUCGCUAUGAAACUUUGCCACGGGGCCAGUGCCUCCUCUACAACUGGGAGGAAGAGAGAGCCACCAACCACCUGGAUCAAGUCCCAAGCAUGCAGGAUGGCUCUGAGAGUUUUUUCUUCCGACACGGACACCGGGGACUGCUGACUAUGCAACUAAAGUCACCCAUGCCCUCCAGCACCACCCAGAAAGACUCAUACCAGCCACCAGGAAACGUCUAUUGGCCACUUCGAGGGAAGCGUGAAGCCAUGCUGGAGAUGCUCCUGCAGCAUCAGAUCUGUAAAGAGGUGCAGGCAGAACAGGAACCCACAAGGAAGCUCUUCGAGGUUGGGUCUGUGACACACCAUGACUACCGAAUGGAGCUGGCGCAAGCAGGGACUCCUGCCCCAACAAAGCCUCACGACUACCGCCAGGAGCAACCUGAGACCUUCUGGAUACAGAGGGCACCACAGCUACCGGGUGUCAGUAACAUCAGGACAUUGGACACACCAUUCCGAAAGAACUGCAGUUUCUCAACACCAGUACCCUUGUCUCUGGGGCAACUUUUGCCCUAUGAACCUGAGAAUUACCCCUACCAAUUGGGAGAAAUAUCUUCCCUUCCCUGUCCCGGAGGAAGGCUGGGUGGUGGAGGGGGGAGAAUGACUCCUUUCUGAAGGGUGAGGACGGAAGUGGGGUAUGGAAUAUGGAAUCUAUUUCUGUCUGCACUAGAGAGGUCGGGAGGAAGUUAAUCUCACUGUACUUGAAGAGGCUUUACAUAAAGGGUUCUCUCUUAUCCCGAGACUGCUAAUUUAGUGAUUCUGUGAGUCACUGUGUGCAUACCCCAUAACCUUUCCUUGGGAUUGCCCCUAUCCCACACUAUGACAUCAGAACUUUUUUAUUAUUGUUUUAUAUUUGACCAAAAUAUUCUGGUUUAGAUACAGAUAUUUACAGAAAGUAGGGAGGAAGGGGACCAAGCCAGAGAGGGACAGGUAUAUGUACAGGGCUGAGCUGCAGAGGGCUACAACUUCCAUAUAAGGUAGGUUUUUUUGUGGCUGUUUUCCAUUGCAUAUGAAAAUGUCCAUUUCUGGUGUGUGCAGACGUGGUGGCCAUUGCCCACCCAGGUACCAGCAGCAGAAGACUAUCUGACUUGGGAAGAAUGGGGGUUUACAGGAGUCCAGGAGGUCCUUUCCGCUCUCCUAAGAGCCAGUAUGUUCGCAUCUUUCCUUUUCCCUGGAAGUGGGAGAGUGGACAUGAUUCAGAUGCUUCGAUGUUAGUCCCUUUGUCUCCCUCUCUUUCCCUAUGAUUCCCAUAAUCACUUUCACCCUCCCUUUCCAUGCCCCCCUCCCCAUGGCCUGCCAUCACCUUCAUUUCCACAUCCCCCCGAAGCUCUAGCUGGAAGCAUCCUAGCUCAUCUAGGGCAUCCUUGGUGGUAGAGGAGACAUGGAUCUUCAGCGCUGGGGUGGGUGGAAUGGGGAGGACGGUGGAAUGAGGAAUCAAAGAAAAGGCAAUCAAAGAAUUGGUGAUACUGUAUAGCACCAUGCCCGACCAACCAUCCCUGGGAAGCUCCCAAUGCAUAUCUAUUAGAACCAAAAUAUGCCCAAGGAUGCGACACUAAGGAACUGUGGUCUCUCAGAUUAGGAAAUUGGAGGAAUUAUGAAAAGAAGAAAAGGGCAAGAUAAAUUGAGGCCAACAGUGGGGUUGAGGGCUAAUGUCUUACCUUGACCAUUAGACUCCAUUCGAGAAGCAGUGUUCACUGUGUCUCCAAAAAGACAAUAACGGGGCAUCUUCAGGCCAACAACCCCAGCGCAGACUGGCCCUAUGAGAAGAAACAGGUUGGGAGAGUCUGGGAAAGGUGGAGACUAGGGCUGGAGUGAGAGUCAGCCUUACCAGUAUGGACCCCUAUGCGUAGCCUCAGCUGGUCAUGGGGUCGGUGGCGGAUGCGGAAGGAAGAAACUGCAUCUAGUAAUGCUAGGGCCAUACGAGCAAUUUCUGGUGCAUGGCGUUGACCAUUUCGGCCUGGGAGGCCAGAUACCACCAUGUAAGCAUCCCCAAUCGUCUCCACCUGAUUGAGAGGGGGAUUAAAAGGUCACCUCUAUUUAUAUCCAAGGGGAUGGGAAAAAGUAGAGGGAGACAAGCUGGACACCAUCAUUAAUCAUCCUGACAUCCUGGAGGCCAGAAUAUUGACUAGAAAAUAAGUGCCAUGGUCCUGAGUCUAGGGGAGAGGAGAUGUCUAGGGAAUCUUUAAGUCUUCUUUCUCCACCCAGCACCUGGUGAAUACUCAGUAAACAUUUGCGGAAUGAAUGAACACCCUGUCUGCAGCAGGACAUGGACAAAUAGGCUCUGCCAUCAGGAAAUGGGAAGCAAGAAAACAGGGUAACUCAAGAGGACAGAGGCUGGUGAGGAGGUAAAGCAGGCCCAGUGAAAUGGACCAGACAGCCCAAACUGUCAGAGAGGAGGAAAGCAGGCAUUUGAUUUUGGUAAUUGUGCCAAAGCUAUGUAAGAGAAUAAAUGCCAUUGUUUUAAGGAAA